GGAAGACACCAUCAAAGCCCUCCCGGCAGAUCACCGUCCAGCCUCUGCUUAGCAAUUCAGUUGUUUUCCAGGCCUCCGAAAGUUUAGAAUCGUGUCUUCAGCCAAAUCAGGCCCCAUUCAUACACCUUUGAUUCAGUUCAUUCAUAUAAAAACCACAUUUAUCAAAUCUGCACAUCAUAUUUCAUGAUGACACUGCCUGGCACAAUAGGGCUGGACUGCAUGGCCUUUGUGGUCUCUUCUAACUCUAGGAUUCGAUGAUCAUUGGCCGAGCAGAUGCCUCUGGGAGUCCUAAACGCCCAAAAUACCAGAGUUUGGGGAUCACUGUCUAGGCGAAGGUUUGGGGGGGGGGGGGGUGGGAGGGUUAGUAAAAGCAGGAGCAGAGGAUCCUAGGGAAGGAGAAGCGUAGAGGCCUUGCUGGAUGUGUUUUCCCCGGGGUGGCGACAUCCCAGUGUCCUUGGGGAGAAUCUGGUUGCCACUGAGUCCGAGUCACCUCUGGCGGACGGGGUCUUCCACCAUGCAGGUGAACCUGGGAGCGGCGCUGUUGAGCUUUGCUCUGUGGGCACUUUGUUCGCCAGUUCUGAGCUCGGAAGGGAAACGGAAGCUCCAGAUCGGAGUCAAGAAACGGGUCGACAACUGCCCCAUCAAGUCCCGCAAAGGAGAUGUGCUCCACAUGCAUUACCUGGGAAAGCUGGAAGACGGGACAGAGUUUGACAGCAGCCUGGCUCGCGGCCAGCCCUUUGUCUUCUCCUUGGGGACCGGACAAGUCAUUAAAGGCUGGGAUCAGGGCCUGCUUGGGAUGUGUGAGGGCGAGAAGAGGAAGUUGGUGAUUCCAUCAGAAUUAGGUUAUGGGGACCGAGGGGCACCACCCAAAAUCCCUGGUGGGGCAACGUUAAUUUUCGAAGUGGAACUGCUGAAGAUUGAGCGGCGGCAGGAAUUGUAGCUUCGGCAGAUGGGAGGGACGUGAGAGUGAGUGAGUGAGCGGCAUGAGAGGAAUCUGAACAAGCGACUCAGGAUUUGUUUGUUGUGGAUGGGCCAAAUAAAAGCACAGACCAGA